GUGGUUAAAGGCUAUGGUGCUGCUUAAGAACAGUGAGCCGCAGGGCUGGCGGCGGCUAACUGCUUUAGCAUGGGGCUAGAGGGCUAGCUGCUUUGGGCCCCUAGGAAUGACAGGGCACAAGGCAGCUGCCCCUUUUGCCCUGCACAGAAGUUGACUGGCGAAGUGAAGUCAUGGGCAGCAGUUGCCCAUAGUAACCAAUCAGCUUCCAGCUCUAAUUGGUUGUUAUGGGCAACUGAUUCACUUUUCCUCUACACAGGUUUUGGUAAAUCACUACAGUGCGUCUUUUUGAUAAAUUUGGUGCAAGUAAAUUUACUGCAAAUAAAAACCGUGCCAAAGGCCCCACAGAGAACACACUGGUAAAUUCCCUCCAUGGGAAUGAUACAGCGCUGCAGAAUGUGUUGGUGCUAUGAGGUGAAGAUGAGCAGUAUUGGAGAAGAAAGGUCUGAUGCCAGUGACUCUUCAGCAGAAGAAGAGGAGGAGAAGCCACUGAGCGCAUUACCUCCUUAUAAUGCUAAAGAGGAAAGUCCUAAGGAUGUAACUGCUAGUCCUACCUUCCAGUGCCUGAAUGAGCUGUUUGUAGCUGGUAAAAUCCCUGGAACCAGAGUAGCUGAAUUGAAGGCAAAGUAUACCUUGCUGUAUGAGACCCUGAAAAGUAUACAGGAAUCUGAGAUACAGCUGUUGCAAAAUGCUAAACACUUCACAAAUCUACUUGAGAAACAACAAAAUGAACUACAAAAAGCAGAUGAGUUCCCCGAAGGCUCAAACAGUGAAGUCUCCAGAAUGAGGCAGCAGUUGCUGAAAUAUAACAAUGAUCUGAACGAAGCUGAGGAAAGGGAAUACCAACUUCAGUAUAAACUAGAGUGUUUACGAGAGGAAAAAAGGCUUCUGGAACGGGAGUAUGAAAGAAUACCCAAGACUGGGGAGUUAGAGAAGAGGGCCAAACUGCUGAAAGAAACCAGCGAUGACCUACAAAAGGAGAACACCCAGAGAAUAUUGGAGAUUAAAGCACUGAAGGAAGACCUGGCUUUAAAGGAAAAAGAAAUUCAAAAAGAGCAAGCCGAACUUGAAAAGAUACAAGAGCAACAGGAAAUCAUAAAGGAUGAACUUGUUCGGGUCCAAUACAUCCCAGAGCAGAUUGGCAAAGACAUAGAGAAGAUUCAUCGAAAAGCUGUGGAGACGGAAAAGAAAAGGUUAAAGCUGGAAGCAGAGUGCCAGGAGUUCAACCACAACAUCAAACAGAUAGAGAAUAAAACCAAAAAGAUGUUGGAGGAAAAAGAAGAUGUAAUGAAGGAAUUGGAAGGGAAAAGAACUUUACUGGAUAAUAAAGAACAGGAAUGUAAUCAUCUGACCAAGUUACUGGAGUUUUCCAAGGAAAAUGAAGCAGUCGCUCUGGGAGAAAGGGCCACGUUAGAUCUUAAUCUACGUCAUGCCAUGAUAGAGAAGCAAACACAACAUGACGCACUGACCCGAAAGCAAAAAGAGAAAGACCGGGAUAUGCGAACUAUUAAGAAGUUGGAGCUACAGCUGAAGUCAGCAAAUGAUGCCCUAAUACACACUCAGUCUUUGUAUGGCAAGAUCAAAGCAGAGAUAGACAUUUUCCCGAAAGAUGAUGGCUUACUUAUUGAAAAGAGGAAGGAAUUACGCAAGGAAGUUGAUACACUAAAAAGGCAGUUUGCUCAACAGCAAACGCUAACAGAGGUAGAGGCACAUAUAUUGGCACAGUGUAUAGCUGAAGAAGAGCAACUUGUAAAAGAGCAGGGUGACUGCCGAGAAGAGCUGGUCAACUUAACACGUCUGGUGCAAAUCAAAGCCGAUGAGAGAGAGCAAAAGUCAAGGGAUUUUGUAAAAGCCAAACAACGAUACCAACAAGUUCUGCAGGAAAUAAAGGGACGGGAUCUUAUUAUUGGGGAGCAUAAGAAGAGAAACCAAGAAGUUCAGAGAAGACUACAAGAAUUUGCCAAGAUGUAUGACAUAAUUCGCAAUGAAAGAAACAAGUGUGUCAGUCUCAUUCAGAUGGCUACCCAGCGAGCAGCAGAACUACGCGAAAAACUCAAAAUCUAUGGAAAUGAGAUGGAAAUUCUGAGAACUAAUGUAUCAAGCAAAGAAAGGCAGCUCCAAAAGGCUAUGUUAAAGCAAACCAACAACCACAUGAUACGAGAUAGCCUGCAGAAAGAUGUCAGUAGGGCUAGCCUUCAUCUGCAAGAGGUGAAAGAAAAAAGGGAACAGCAGAAAAUGGAGAUUGGGAGACUCACCAACAUGAUUAACCAGGCUGAGGAAGAAAUGGUGGGGCUGAGGAAGAAAUAUGAAUCGGCUGUGAAAAACAGGAAUGAGAGGGGAGUCCAGUUAAUUGAGAGGGAAGAAGAAGUCUGCAUCUUUUAUGAGAAGAUAAAUACUCAGGAUAUGCUGCUGAGAAGUGGUGAUGUGGAAAUGAUGGCACUGGAUGAAAAGAUUCGCUUCCUGAAGAUGCAGGUCACAGAAAAGACAAGGCAAAUUGAACAAAUCAAAAGAGAGUUGCCAAACAAAAAAGCCCUAGAGUCAAAUCUUAUAACUCUUCAAAUCCAGCUUUCCCAGUGUAAUGAUAAAGUAGCUGAAUUUGAGAACCUGGUACAGAGGCCUGAUAAAGAAAGCCGAAUACGCAUCCUAGAUGGAAAGGAUCCAUCUGUAGAAGAUCUUAUGAAGAAAAUGGAGGAGUUAGAACUGCAUCUGGCUGAAAAGGAGGAGCAUUUGUUGGAGAAAGACUUUCUCUACGAACAAGUUUCAAGACUUUCUGAAAGAAUACGCAUUAAAGUGGAGAAUGGCAAGGAGGACACACUAGUUCUUGCAAAAAAGAUGAAUGAACUUCAAAAGAAAAUUAAAGACACCACUCGUAAAAUGAUGUCCUGUAUUGCGGAGCUGUCAAUGCAACAAGCCAAUUACAUCAAGCUGCAACAGGAAAUUAGAGAUAAAGAGAAGUUUGUGCAGAAGUGCUACACCAGAAUGGAGCAAGGACUACCACCUAGCGAGGAAACAGAACAAGAGUGGAAACGAUUCCUGCGCGAAGAGCGUAGGCACAGACUUGAAAAAGAAGAGAAAGCUAGGGCAGAAGAGGAGGAGGAACAUUACAUGUUGCCAAAUGGCAUUUAUACAACAGCUGAGCAACGGCCUAAUGCCUACAUACCAGAGGAUGAAAAUGCCCUUCCUCUGCCUCGACCAUAUGGAGCUCUAGCACCGUUCAAACCCAGUGAACCCUGUUCAAACAUGAGGCAUAUUAGAAAGCCACUGAUAAAGCCAAUUGAAAUCUAACAAUAUCCAUCACAAGAUAACUAUCAUGUACUGGCACAAUAGACUACUUCACACUGUGCCAUGCUAUGCAGUAUUAGAUUUCUUUUACUGUUGCAACUUAUACUGCAGACCAGAUAAUAAGUAAACAAUUGACAGGCCACAAAACAGCCCUGAAUUGGGUUAAUCCAUAGAGUUCCAUAAAACAUUUAAUACUAUUAAAAUAUAACAUGCAAUAUUCAAUAAAUGUAAACUCAUUUAACAUGACAGUUUUGCCAAAUAUGGUUAAAUGUGUUUUAUAAUCAUAUUGCUCCAAAUAUCGGUGGAAAUGUAUGCAAUAUCCAACAAAGGGGAAGCUCUGAACUUGUAUGUCAUAUCUACAGACACACAGGAACAGUUAAUAAGUGACUAGAGAUCUGAAGAAACAUCUAUAGGCAACACAAUAAUGCCACACAGGUUGUUUUUUUUCUGGCAUUUUUUGGAAAACUGCCACUUCAGUUUUUGAACCAAAGUGGCUCAAAAACUACAGUGGCAAGUUUAAAAAACAAUGCGAGAAAAAAAAAAAAACCCUAUGUGGAAACCU